AUGGAAAUGAAAGAGAUUGCCAAACACAAGACACUGUGGAAAACGAGCUCAACAAGUGAACCUUUAUUUUUUACUGAUGUAGACAUCAGUCCUUUGAAGAAAUUUACCAUUCCCAAGAUCAGGAAGACAGCUGGAAAAGUUUACUUGUCACUUUGUUGCACCAAUACUAGAGAGUAUAGGUUCAUACAUGAUACUCUUAACCAGUGCAGGCUUGAUGUAAGCUGUGAUCUACAGUCGUCAUGGCAGUUUGGGAAUACAAAGCUGGUUCACAAUGAGGACCUGGAAAAAAAUUUUACUACUAAGAGAUCAGAGAUGCGUGAGAAUGGAAGAUAUGGCAGAGAACUUGAAGAGCAUUUCUGCUUUUUAGCUCUUCCUGACAUUGAUGUGGCAGAGAUAUAUCAGAAUGGGAUAAGUACCAAAGCAUCUUCAUUGAAGAUAUUAGGAAAUCCCCUUCUUGGAAUUUAUUUAUUUAAACAUGUUGAUGUUGCCUUGAAUUAUGCUCAUCACUGUCAAAACACUACUGUAGAAAGUAUUGUAAUUUUUAAGGUUCUCUUUGGAAGAGUUAAGAAAAUUCAACCUUCUGUGGAUAAAAACAAAGUUUCUUGGGAUCCUUCUCCUAACUUUGAUUGCCACAUGUCAAGAAGUAUACCUUCUCUGAAAGAUGCCAUUGAGCUGCAAGCCUGUGGUUCCGCGGUAUACUUCUAUGAAUACAACAUCCUUUCAAAUCCAGUAGAUAAACCUAGGCAGUGUCUUCCAUAUGCAAUAGUAACAGUAAAAUUUAUUGGUCAAAAGGUGGAUAAUGGGCAUUUUAUGACACCUUUGAGAAUCCCCUCAACAGGAUUUCCUAAGAGGGCUGAAAGAAUAUGUUCACUGAAUAACUGUACAGUGGCCAAAAGAAUUGGAAAAGGAAAAGAUGCUACUGUCGUCUUUGAGCAUUUCAGGAAACCUAUAGAUCCAUUUGUUCAGGAAAAUUUUUCACACAAGGCAUUAAAUGCAGAGAAUAAUCCUUCCAACUCAAAUAUUUCUAAUUCCUAUGGAAAUGUGCAAAAUGGAAACACUCCUAUACUUGAAACAUACAGUGGACAGACAGAGCACAAUUUAGCAGAAAUUAGAGACACUUCUCAAGGACAUGAUUCAAGUCUUUCAUUUAUGCCCAAUGAUACCAAAGAAAGCAUUAAUGAUGACCAUUUGUUAAACUUGACAUAUCUUAAAAAUAUUUUAAGUGAUCUUUCUGCUUUUUCCCCCACUCAGAACAAUAGUGGCUCAAGCACAGUUAUUACUUCAAAAUUUAUCAAAGACCCAAGACUGAUGAGGAGAGAAAAAGCCAUAGGAAAGGAGAAUAAUACCACAGGUUUAAAUGAGAUUUUGCCAGUUGAGAAAAGCUUAGGUCAUGUUAAUUCAGAAGUACACCUGUCAUCCAUGCCAACUACUUCUGCCUCGACACCUGAAGUGGUUCCUGAUGAUCAGGCUAUUUUUACUAAUGGUUUGGAUGCCCCUCGCUUCACAAUGUCUUUUGAUGGUUCACAAUCUCAGGCCCACAACAUGGACUCUAAGGACUACGAUUGUACACCUUCCAAUAAAAUCACCUUAACAGGACAAUUUAAGGACCAAGCCAAUUUUUCCUUGCCAAUUUCUUUGUCAAAUGUAGUUUCUGAAGUUGAGAGCCAAAAACACAGUGAGGAAAAAGCCCAGAGAGGCCAACAGAGAAGCAACAUCCCACUUGUAAUUAAACAAAGCAGUGAGACACGUAACUCUUAUGGAUCAGUGAAUGCUUGUACAGAAGAGUACAAUAGUCACACCUCUCAGAAAUUACAGUCUUCUAAUUUAAAAACUGUGUAUCAAACUGGUCACCAAAUGUCUACAGUUUUUCCACUCCAAAAGAAAGAAAACAUAGAUGAGUACAUUCAAAAUAUUGGAAAGAUGAGAAACUUCACUGACCCAGAAAACAAUUCCAAAUAUGAAAAGAAGCAAACUUUAUGGAAAGAAACUGAUAAUUAUUUUACUAAUGAACCAAAAGUCAGUCCAAUAGAUAAUUAUAUUUUGUUGCACCAAGAAUACAAAAAGGGUGAGAAUCUUGACUCUUUGGGGAAAAACUCUGAUAAAACAUUAAUUACUCAAGAGUUUGAAAUACCAGAAUCUUUCACAUCUGCCACAAAAGAUAAGGAUGAAUUAGAUCAUCUAGCAUCGGAAUUACAAAAUAAUCUUACUCCAAGUAUAGAGAACCUUUCACAAAAGCUUACUCAACACUCUUUGGAGUCUGAAGAUAACUUUCAUACAGGUUUUGCCAUUGUUCAAAAGCUAAUGGAACUGAAAUUGGAAAAAACAAAUCAGAAUUAUGUUAGCGUUAUGACUGAUGCUUUCCAGGAAGCAAAAGACAUUCCCCAGGCCAAAGAACGGCUCAUUGAUACAGUGAUUUCAUCUCAUGACAAUUCAAAUUGCAUCAUAACUAGAGAACAUGUAUGUGUCCAUAGGAAAAAUGAAAAUGAGCCAGUGUCAUCAGAGAACAAUCAACGAGACUGUCAAGAAACUCCUCAUAUUGAAGAUGAAGGUCAAGAUGACAGUCUGUUCUGUAAUUCACAGUUGAAUAGUGACAUGUGCCUGAAUAUUAAUUUCAAAGAACAAGGAGAUAAUGAUAAAGAAAACCAAAAUGAGGCUAAAGAGGAAAACGGUGCUUCGUCUUCAGAAAACAACAUAGAAAAUAUAUAUGGAGACAAGAAGCAGGAUUUUUAUACAAACAAAAAUUUCACCAGUGUAGAUGAAAGAAAGAGUAAAAAUUACAACAAUGUAGGAAUUCUGAGAAUUCUGAGUUCUGAAGAAUUUUCUACUACAUUUAACUUGAUGUGGGGAGAAAAAUAUGUAUUAACAGAAACUUCAUUAUUAGAGAGUAAAGAUACUGCUGUAAAACAAAAAGAUACUCAAAAUACUGGAGAGCAUUUGGCUUCUACAACAUUUCCCCAAAUUGCAGGUUCUUCAGUGUGUUUAGCUUCAGAUGCUGCAGUACAGAUAAGUGGUACCACUAUACCUGCAUUAAGCAUGAAUCAUGAAGAUCAGCAAAGAUACCCCUUAAAAGAAACCUGUUGUUCUGAGAGUCCAGAUUUUGAUUCAUUAGCAAAACAUAGGGUUUCUGAUUGUAAAAUUAAUAUGGAUAAAAAUAAAUUACAAGACCCAUUUCAUCUAUCAAUAAAUGAGAAAUCCGUUCUUCAGAAUUUUGAAUUGGAAAAUGAGAUUGAAGUAGGAUCAGAACAAUGUGAUGAUGCUUUUCAAUUACCACAAGAUGCACAUGGCCAAGGGAAUGUACUUUGUGAGGUAUCUGGGGCCUCAUAUGAAGCUCUAAAGUCUCGUAUAGAUUGGGAAGGUCUGUUCGGAAGCAAUUAUGAAGAGACGGGAGUUUUGGAAAGCCCCAAAAGAAGGGAGAAUAGUGAUCAGCAUCACUGCAAGGAAAGUAGUUUAUAUUCAUCAACACAAAAAAACAAAACAGAGUUCCUCAACCCAGUUUUACUUCCAGAUCUACAAGUUACAAUUACUAAUAUAUUUCAGCCAGGAUUCAGCCCCACUGCUGACUCCCUUGAGUUGAAAGAUAAUUUUGGCAAAUGUGUAACUGAAGCCCCAGAACCAGAAAUAAAUAAGGAAGAGGGAAAUGCUCCAGGAUUUGAAAUUUAUUCCCAGCCUUCUGGUGAAAACUCAGGCUAUCCAUGUGAAGAUAAGUUUGAUAAAAACAGGCAAGAAUCAGGACUAGUGAGUAAAUCUGAACACUCCCAUUCCUUUGACUUGAAUCAUAAUAUACAUGUGAAUCAUAUGUCUGAAAAAGAAAACAGUGAGUUGUUUACUAAACCUUCUAAUGUCACAAUAAAUGACGAAAGCAGAUGUUUCUCUACAAAAUCAAAGACUAACUGUAAUGAUACUAGAAGUAAAAAGGAUAUGGAAUCAAGAAUUAGCAAAAGAAAGCUAUGUACAUUGUUUGAAGAUCAAAACAUAUCAGAUAAAGAUUUAAGACAGUAUGAAAUAUGUGAGAAGAAGAAGAGGCUGACCAGGCAAGACUCAUUUGCGUGUUUUGCUUCAUUAUCCCAAGGACGGAUUAAAACAUUCUCACGGUCAGAAAAGCACAUUAGGAAUGUCCUGGAUAUUCUAAAUAAUGAAGCAUAUUUAUGCAAAAGCAAACGUAUUUCCAGAAAACUUGACAGAGCUGUUCUUCACUUAAAAAAGGCUCAUAGAAGAGUUCACACCUCUUUGCAGCUUGUAGCUAAAGUGGGAGAAAAAAGAAAGGGCCCAUUACCAAAAUCAUAUGCAAUAAUAUGCAAUAAUUUCUGGGAAAGUUGUGACCUUCAAAGUUAUAGUUCUGUGUCUGAAAGAAAAUAUUGCACUAGGCAUGUUUUAUCAAAAAGAAAAAAACAUGACAAUCAGGGAGAGAAAAGAGCUUUAAGAUUUGAUUUUGGUAAGUCAUUAACCCUUGUAGCAAAGCACAAAUCUUCUAAAGCAAAUGGAGAGAGAAUCACAAAGUGCCUUUCCAAGAAGAGCGUAGCCAGCAGUGUCUCCAGAAGUCACACCACUAUUCAAGCGAGAGAAUUUUGUGAUCAAGAACAAUGUCCCAAAUCACAGUUGCCCUUAUCCUCCACAUCCCAAAGUACAAGUCAGUCAAUGUUUAAUAGCAGUAUGGAAAAUCCAAGAUCAUCAGAACUUCAGCCCUUUUCCAGAAAAACUGGUUGUCUGUUUUCCUCAGACCACCCAGGUGAGAAACUAACUGUAAAAGAAAACCAAAUUGAUAUGAAGUUUUUAUCUAACAUUAGUAAAUAUGAAAAGCUUGAGAACCAUUUGGCAUGUAAUAAUGUUAAGGAUGCAACAAAAGAAAACAAUUCUGAGGCUCAUGAAGUAACAAAUCAAAGUAAUUCAGUAUCUUUAAGUUGUAUAAAAAAAAAUAAUGUAAGUUAUAGCACAGACAGAAACUAUGAUGCAACUUGUAUAGCUCACCCAAAGGUGAAAACUGGCAUAUUUAUUUCAGUCUUAGAAUCAAAUGUGAGGCACUUUUUAAAUGUUGAUGUCUGUAAACGAGAUAACCGUAUUUUACCUGGUUACAAAAGAAACCUGGAAGUAAAUUUUCCUAUAAAAAAGUGGACAGCUUUUACUGAGGUCUCCAAACCAAGCAUUAUUACAAGAAACAUCCUUACUGGCUCAUUAAACCUAACUUUGAUAUCAGGCAAAACGUACAGUAUUCCUCAAUUGUUAUCAGCCACUCCAGUGACAGAUAAUGAGAGAGAAUCUUCGAAAGUUUAUUUGGAUAAACAGAGAAAUUCUGCUUUAGGUUGUUUUGCAACAUCUACUGCUGUAUCACAUCUGCAGAGAUGUAGUGGAAAGGAGUUACUAAAGACAGAACAAUGCUCUUCAAGUAAUUGCUUCCAUGUAGAUGGGAAUGAAACAAAUGUUAAUGAGAAUUCUGAGUUGGAUCUGACAUCAGUACCUGAAGAAAGUAAAAUAUUGGGGAAAAAUAUAACGAAGAAACUAUCUCUCGAUGAUACUUCUCUGCUCUUAAAAGACAAUAUAAAGCGUUCUUCAAGAAAAUGCAUUGCAAAGAAAGACAUUCAGGACAGAAAAAUGUGGAAAGUUAAACAAGCAGAAAAAACAAAAGAUUCAGUUCACAAAAAAAGCUCGACUGAAGGAUCAACUAUUAAGACUGAGUACAAAAAUCAAAAGAAUAAGAUCUUAGAAGAAGAAUCCUCCCACUUAAAUGAGAAAACAAUUAAAAGUAAUUUGAUUGAUUCUCAUCUAAGCAUUAAGAAUACUACUACUGAGGCAGUCUAUUUGAAUCACACAGUUUCUAAUCAGUUUAACAAAAGAGAGGAGAGGGAAGUUAAAGUCAGUGAUGACUCUCAGUCUAACUCGACAUUACAUUCAGAAGUAGCCUGUAUUUCCAAACCAGUCACCCUAGGAAUUAAUUGUAUGCCUAUUUUACAUGCUGCCUCUGAAACCUCUAAAGUUACUCCUCUUCAGAAGAAACCUACAUCACAUAUGAAUGAAUUAAAAGAAGAACAUUGCUCAGCUAAUCAUAUGGCUCUUAUAGCUAAGCUAUCUCAAAUUUUGCAGAAGGCAGAUGAAGCCUCUUCUUUGCAGAUUCUACAGGAAGAAACUAAACUUUGUCAAAAUAUUCUCCCUUUAUUUGUUGAAGCUUUUGAAAGAAAACAAGAAUGUUCAUUUGAACAAAUCCUGGUUUCAAGAGAACUGUUGGUAGAACAAAACUUGUGGAAUAAUUGCAAACACAAAUUAAAACCGUGUGCUGUGGACACUUUAGUAGAACUUCAAAUGAUGAUGGAGACUAUUCAAUUCAUUGAAAACAAAAAAAGUCUCUUAGGAGGUGAACCAACAUUCCGAAGCUUGCUUUGGUAUGAUGAGACAUUGUACAGUGAGCUGCUUGGCAGACCACAUGGAUAUCAACAGCAGUCCAGUUUCUAUCCUGCUUUUCAAGGAAGGUUAAAAUAUAAUGCAUUCUGUGAGUUGCAGAAUUAUCAUGAUCAAUUAAUUGAAUUGCUUGAAGAAACAAAAAGGGAAAAUAAUUCAUACUAUGCAUUCUUAAAAUACAAACGACAAAUUAAUGAAUGUGAAGCCAUAAUGAAACAUUAUUCCGAUUGCUUUGACUUCUCUCUUUCUGUUCCAUUUACCUGUGGAGUUAACUUUGGAGAUAGUUUAGGAGACCUAGAAACCUUAAGAAAAAGUACUUUAAAGCUUAUUAGUGUAUAUGGGGAGUCUCCUAAAGUUCAUUCAUAUCCAGGAAAACAAGACCAUCUGUGGGUUAUCAUAGAAAUUAUCUCCUCAAAAGUUAAUUUUAUCAAGAGCAACGAGGCAGUGAGUAUUAAAAUAUCUCUUUAUGGUUUGGAACAUAUCUUUUUUGAUGCUGCAAAAAAUCUUGUUUGGAAAGAGAGAAGACAAUCUUUCAGCAGAGAGUACUCAUGGAAGAAGAACAAUGAAGUGCUACUCAAAAUGAAUCAAUAUGCUUUUUCUAAGUUGCAGAAGAUAUAUGAUACUCUGGCUAAAGAUUUAAAUGGUGAACCAAUUUCCAGUAUUGGGCUUGUGGAGGGUGCUAUGAUUGCUUCCAGAAAGUCAGAUGAUCUAAUAAACAAAGCAACAAUUAGCAUUGAAAACAGUAGUAAGUUUAGCAGUACUUUGUUUUCACACCCAGAUAUUUGUUUUAUUAGCGAAAUAUUAGAUCAAGCUGAACUUGCAGACAUUAAGAAAUUACAGGAACUCACUUUGAGAUGUACAGAUCACUUAGAAAUUUUAAAAAAAUGCUUUCAGGUGCUGCAAGAAGGUAACAUAGAUAAUAUUUUUAUAACAGAAGAAAAUGCUUUGGAUAUGAUGAAAAACCACAAGCAAGGGGCUACAAUGUUAAAACCUGCAGCAAUUGAAACAUACAUUGAAAUUGUCAUGGUUUCAGAAACAGUUCACUUUCUUAAAAAUUUAAUGGCAAAGAAACUAGACAAACAGAGAUUUCGAGGUAUGCUUUGGUUUGAUUUGUCACUUCUUCCUGAGCUAAUUCACUGCCAAGAAAAAAUGGCUGCUUUUUCAUUUCUUAAAGAUAACUCAACAGAUUGCACUUGGAAAGUGAUAGAGACUACUAUUUCUGAACUUAAGAAAGAUCUGGAUAUUAUCUACAAAUAUAAUGAAGCUGUUAAUUGCUCAUAUGCUCUUCAUUUGCUCUCAAGAGAACUUGAAGAACUUUCAGAAAUAAAAAAACUUCUAAAGAAGUCUAAGUAUUACUUUUCCACUUAUAUUGACUUUGUGCCAUAUAUAGCAUCCAUAAAUUAUGGAAGCACUGUGACAGAGUUAGAACACAACUAUUAUCAGUUUUCUACACUGCUCAAAAAUGUAAUGGCUGCCCCUUGCACAGAUUUGGGAAAAGUGGCCCAUAUUGUGAAAGUCAUGAAAACAAUUGAACAUAUGAAGAUUAUAUGUGCUAAAAAUUCUAAAUUAACCAUUUCCUUUAUCCUGUGUCAAAUGCAAUGUAACAGAAGGAAGACUUUACAACUGAAGGGAAAGGAAAAGAUGAAUAUUCAUGUUAUAAAACCUGGAGAAAAUGUCAAUAAAUCCGUUACUUCUGUGAAGGUCCCUUCAAUUUCAGAGAGCGUAAUCAAAAAAAUUUCAAAUUCCUCUAAAAAACGACCUAUCACUGUAAAGAAAUGUGAAAACUAUCAGGAACAAGAGAAAAAUACUAUUUCCACUUGUAAAAAGCCAAAGGUUAAAAUGAACAAGAUCACAAAAAUCAACAGAGAAAAGAGAACAUUCAAGCACCAAAGGACUACAGGAUCUCAUCCCAAAAGUGAAAAUGAAAUAGGAUCAAAUUGCUCAUCUGACAAUCUGAAAAGAAACCAUGCAUCUCCAAAAAAGAUUGAAAUGCAAAGAUCGCUACCUGGCUCACUUUUACCUUUAAAGAACCUGAAAGACACUUCCAUAUCAAAGUCAGAAAGCAAAAUAGUUAUAACUAAUAUUUUGUCUGAUACUUCAGAACACUUCACUGGACAUCAGGGAAACUUAACUAGCAUGAAGAAAAGAAAUGUGAAUUCUAGUGCUGCUGGAAAAAAAUGUGAUAAGAAGGACUGUACUUCUUUUGUGAUUUGUGACCGGAAAAGUGUAGAUGACACCUUUUCCAAAGACCACGAAGCACCUUCACAUAAAUUUCCUAAAAAUUCCCCAGAUCCUGUACAGAAAUCUUGUCUUUCAAACAUAAAACCAGGAACCGAUGCUUCUCUUGAGCUUAAUGCCUCAGUGUGUUCAAAGCCUAUUUUCUGUUUGGUGAAGAAUGUCCAUACCAAUCUAGAAAUGAAUGACACGGUCCUUGAACUUCAAGAUAACAAAACAUUGAAUUCAUCUAUUAAAAAUUCCACAUUCAUCAAUUCUCCAGAACCCAUAGUUAUCCAUAAUAAAAUUCCUGUUCUGCAAAUAAAUAAGACACAGCCUGAAAAAACUGAGUCUGAGGAAAAACAUAUGAAGGAUACAUUGGAUUCCAGUACUAUAUCUUUUGGAGCAUCUGGGAGCACAACACCUAUUGUGAAUCAAACAGCACAGUACUCUUUUUCUGAACAACAGGAUCAUGAAAAUUCCAAAUUUCUAACUCUGAAUGCUGCCACAUAUUGGAAUGACAGUGCACAGUCUGCAUGGACCCCAAUAUAUAAUUCUUCUGUGCAUUCAUUUGGAACUUCAUAUCCAUACUAUGCUUGGUAUAUUUAUCAUUACAGCAACAGCAGUGGCAAUGCCAUAACCCAGACAUGCCAAGGGAUGACAUCGCAUGAAGUACAGCCACCUCCUGGGAUGCUGACUACAAUUGCAAGUACUGUCCAAGACACACAUUUCAGUCUUCCACACACUCAAUAUUUUGGUUACUCUUGUGGGCAGCCACAAGCAAAUGACUUUGUGCCACUGAAUGGGUAUUAUCAGUCUCAGAUCCCUAUUUCUUAUAAUUUUCAGCAGCCAGUUUUUUCACAUUAUGCAUCUGCUCAAUCAUUACCACAAGCUGCAUACUAUUACCUUCCUAAUCCAGGUGUGUUGCCAGAAGUUCUUUGGAUAUAUGCUCCAUGGCAACAAGAAGCCUUUCAGCCAGGGCAUUGA